AUGUGGCAGGAAUUCUCCGACCUGUGGUUGUAUCAGGCCCAUCAGCUUAUCGAACAGAACAAGCUCAUAGAAUACACGCAAUUUUCAAAUAACUUGUAUGGCACUGGUAUCGAUGCCGUACAUAACGUCACAAAGCAAGGAAAAGUUUGCAUCCUGGACAUUGAACUGGAGGGAGUGAAGGCAGUUAAGAAAACGGAUCUCGAUGUGCGUUUCCUCUUUGUUAAGCCACCAUCUCUCGAAAUUCUCGAACGCCGUCUUCGAGAUCGUGGCACUGAGUCGGAAGAGGCGAUACAAUCACGCCUCGAAGCCGCAAAGAAAGAGCUGGCAUAUGCGGAUGAAAAAGGCUCGCACGACCUGAUUGUUGUAAAUGAUGAUUUAGAUGUCGCUUACGAACAAUUCCGGAAUUUCAUUGUUGAUGGAACCAUCCCUGAUAUAAAAUGA